AUGGCGAAGCUCGAAGGCGGCAGCAAGGAUGUUGACGAAGCCAUGGAGAAGUGGCACAACGGUUCCUUGAGCCACCGGCUGUACGACGUCUUCACCGUAGCCGGCCUCCGCGUGGAGGCCAUCGAACCCGGCCGCCUCCUCUGCUCCUUCAUGGUCCCUGUUCGCCUCACGUCGAGCGCCAGCAACCGUAUGCAGGGAGGCGCGGUGGCGUCGCUGGUGGACCUGGUGGGGUCUGCGGUGAUCUUCGCGGGCGGCUCGCCGGUGACGGGGGUCUCGCUGGAUAUCACCGUCUCCUACCUGGGCGCCGCCCGUGCAAACGAGGAGAUCGAGAUCGAGGCUCGGGUGCUCGGCAUCGGCGACAAGACGGGGUGCGUGACCGUGGAGGUGAGGAGGAAGGACACCGGCCAGGUGCUCGCGCACGGCCGCCACACCAAGUAUCUCGCCAAUGUCUCCAGUAAACUCUGAGGGUCAUUUCCCAUCCUUGAAGAGCUGAAGUGUAUACACAUAAAACGGU